AUCCCCAGAUUUCUCCCCCCUCAUUAAUUGCUCCUAACCCUUCAAAUCUCAAUCCCCCCCUUUUCCCUUAUUUAUACCUCAUCUCAAUCUCCUUCAUCAUUCGAAACCCAAUUAUUCUCUCACAAAAUUUCUUAUCUAUUGCUAUAAUUUAAAAAUAUAUUCGUUAAUGGCUGCCGAUGUGAGCUCUGUCAUUCGAAUCAUGAGCGAGUACAACAACGACGAGAAGAAGAGCAAGCGUGGCGAUCUCGUCACCCGCGACUUUCUUGGUUGUGCGGUGACCGGAUCCAAGGAGCUCGAUCUCGAUCUCAAAGUUCCUUCCGGCUUCCAACGGCGACUCGAUUUACUGUCGGGAGAGACGUAUGUGGAAAAGAGCGGUCCGGUGCACCGCGAGUUACAAGAUCUUAACCUGCCUCCGACGCAGGUGGACAGUUCUGCCAUCGACCUGAGACUUUUAUUACCAUCUGCCCCUCGCGGUGCCGACCGUAACUACCAGAGCGUGUGCACGCUGGACAAGGUUCGGUCCGCGCUCGAGCGCGCGGAGCGCGAAUCUCAAAGCAAAGGCCGGCCUCCCAGAUCGGACGGCUCGAAUUCGCCCUCGUCGUCGUCUUCAACGACGACGUCCUCCUCGAUCAAGAGGAGGGGUGCGGAUCAGGAAACGGACGGCUCAGAUUCGUCCAGGAGUCUGAUUGCGGCUGGAUGUCCGAUUUGCUUGAUGUACGUGUUGAUAUCGAAGGCGAAUCCGAGGUGUCCGAGGUGUGACUCGCACGUGCCGGCGCCCACACAGGUUGUUGCGAAAAGGCCAAGAAUUGAUCUCAAUUCUUUAUAGGAAUUGAUAAUUUGAGAUAUGAUAGAAAUUUGUAGUUACUGUUUUACAUCAGUAGCAGAGAGAGAUCAGAAUUAUUGUUACUCCUUUUCCUUUGUAAAAUAUUGGAUGAUAAUUUUUUGUGAAUUGAUAUAAUUACUGUUACUCCU